AUGUUACCACAAACUUCACCAGGAUCAUUUCCUCCUCCAUACACACCAAUGUCUGAAACAUCGAGAUUGACAACCACCACAGCAACCACAGCAUCUCAAGAUUCUACAUCACGAAGCAUCACCACACCUGACACUCAACAUGAAGAUUUGGCUGCAGCAGAAGCAUUAACUCAAUUAGUAAGAAACCCAACACCACCCUCUGAUGGUGAUAUGAUAGGUUAUGCUAGUUCAGCUGAUGGAUCACCACUUAAUACUUCAUUACCACUUCCUCCAAUACAGCUACCACCACCACAACAACAUCCUUUAGUAUCAACAGUUUCAAUGGUUGCUCAACAUCCAUUAGUUAAGAAUGCCGUAAGAUAUUAUGAAACUUCAAAGAGGAAUUAUCCUACUUUUAAUUAUGCUGCUGGAAUUGUUGAAAAAGCAGCAUUACCGGUUGUUAAUAAAAUUGAAGUUAAUUUAAAUACUCGACAUCAAUCAAAACAAGCUUCUUCUGGUUCGGUUAGAUCAAGUUCAAUAUCUUCUUCAAAUGAAUUAACUCCAAUAGUAUCGGAUGAUGGUGAUCAUAAACAAAGAAAAAGAAGAUUAGGACGUGGUGAUGAAGAAACUAAUGGGAAAUCUGACACUAAGAAGAGGAUACAAUUUUGUUUACAUGUUUUAAGAUUAGCAAAUGAUAAUAUAAAUAAUAAGAUUCAAUUUUUACAAGAAAAAGUAACAGAAACUGAAAUUGCUGUUAAGGAAGAACGAGAAAAGUUACAACAAUCACUGCAACAACAACAACAAACUGAAAAUCAAUUUGAAGCUCAAAAAACCAAGAAUGAAAUUGUAACCACUGUGAAAAAAAUCAUUCAUUUAAUAUCAAAUUUCCGUCCUUCGUCAUUAUCAACAGAUUCAUUAACUCCAAUCCCCAGUAAUGGAUCCACAGCUUCCACAGCCACAACUAAUCAAGAAUACGAAUUGAAGACAGCAAUUCGUGAUAUUAUAUUACAUUUACCAAAUGCAUUACAACAAACAGGGGCCACUAGUCCAGGUGGAACUCAACAUGUUGCAAAUGAUCGUGUUCUUAUAUUUGCCAAGGAAUCACUUGAGAUGAUCUCUAAGUUGACCCAGGUAUUUCAUGAACAAUUAUCCAAAGCUGAAAAUUGGGUAAGUGGAGAAGAACAACUACAACAACAGCAACAGCAACAAGAAGCUGCGUAUGACACUGAUGAUGAUAUGAGGAGUACUUCUACUAGAUGUUCAAGUGCUGAACCGGAAGGUAUUACCAAGGCAACUAAGAGAAUGAAACUUGAUUGUCCUUCUGAAAAGCAAUAG